GCGAGGCAAAGGGGGAAUGGAAUGGAGUCCUCAAUGCCAUAACAACGUGCUGGUGUUGCCAUCGCACGCUCUCCCUCUUCCUCGCUCCUCCUCCUCCUUGGAGUGUGGCUUGGAGCCUUCUAGAUCUCUCCUCCUCUUCGUCCUCUCUCACACGCUGCUCCUGAGUUCUAAGGGAGAGAGAGAAGGGGGCGUGAGAUGCGAUACUCGUGCUCCUCCUUACGGCCUGGCCGUGCGUAGCGGAAUUUUUCUGCUGGACGAUUCGUGUUCGGGUGCGAUUUGCGUCUCUGGGGGGGCGGGGGGGGGGGUGGGGGACGAUUUGCUUGGAACGACGAACCGUUUGGCAAGCAGUGAACAACCAACCUGGCCUUCCAUUGACACCCUAUCUAUGUUGAACGCUUGUUGAAUUCUCGGCCUCAGAUUGCUUUUCGGGGCGGGACGGCGGGCGUGCCGCGUGGUCUUCUUCGCCUUCUUCGUCUUCUGUGUCUUUUGUGCAGUUGUUCUGUGAGGUGGUAAAUUGUGUGAGGGAGAAGGGGAGAGGUGUCUCGGAGCAAGGAGGUCGAGUUCGAUGUGGUGAUUGCAGCGGGAGGGACGAUUGUAAGAUUUGAAAUUCUCUGCAACGGGGGGAUGUGUUGGAGGAGUGCUGUGAGUGGAGCUGUGUGAAACCCUGCGUAUCAGUUCUUGGUUUUUCCUUUGUGGCCUCUAGGGCUGGCGCUCUUGUGCGUUGGUGGAGUCCUUGCCCUGCUGUUCAGGUCCGGACGAAGCUUCGUUGGUGCGUGUUACAGGAACGGCGAAGAGACGGAGAUUGACAACAGCACGGAGGGCGCCUGUUGGGAGCCCCGUCCUGAAGUCGGAAGGCGGUGGGGGUGACCUUAAUUUUACUUCGCCCGGAGGUUGUUCUCGAAGGAAUGCGCGGGAAUUCACUUUUGGAAACCUUAUAAUAUAUACAUCCGUCAUCUUGCGGCUUUCCUGUCCUUUGGUUCCUUACGCUUGGUGUGGUGUAGUUUGCUGCUGAAUAGCCUUUGCUUGGCUAAGGGGGGCAGACGCAAGGAACUUAGCCUAUACGAAACGGUAAGGCAAGAAGGAAUCUUAGAGAUUUUGGUAGGCUUGAAAAUUGAAUUGGUUGGAGUGGUGUGACGGGUAUAUCUGAAGGACAGUAGUACUUUCCAUUUUCAUUCUUCUUCGUCAUUCGGCGCAGAACGCGGAUUUCGAGGGUAGCCCAAUUCCGGCGUGCUGGUUACAAGAGAUCUACCAGGAUGCCGAAGGAAUCUCGCAACUUGUCGCGUUUGUCGUCCGAUUCACAAAGCUUGCGUUAUAAGCCGUACUCGAGGUAUGGGCAGAGCGUGGCGCAAGAGACCUCUUCCGCUGACGGCGAGGAUUCAGCAGAGAGGAAAGAAUGGGAGGAGGCAACAUGCCCCGUAUGCAUGGAACACCCACACAAUGCUGUUUUGUUGAUCUGUAGUUCUUACGGUAAGGGUUGUCGCCCUUAUAUGUGUGAUACGAGUUACCGGCACUCAAAUUGCCUGGAUCAGUAUAGGAAGGCUCACGAACUCCGUGAUACACUACCUUUGGCUAGCGUGGGAGAAGCAGGUGUUUCAGGAACUGAACGAGCAGUGUUGAACAGGGUGGAUGAUUUCGAGGGCGAAAGAGGCUCAGGGUCUGCCUCAGAGCGUGUUGUGAGAGGUUUGGGAGGUAAUGGCGGUGACAAUUACAGACGGGAGGCAUCUGUAGAAGUGAAUGAUACUGGAGAUGAUGCUUCGGGCCAGGUUUCCGUGGAGGCGAGUAGCCAUGUGGGCAACACAAAUAGUGUCGUACCAGGAGAAGACGCGGAUGCAGGCGAGCUUUUGUGCCCUCUUUGCAGAGGAAAAGUGAAAGGGUGGAAGGUGGUGGAGGCUGCUCGCGCCCACCUGAAUCAGAAGACGAGGACCUGUGCUCAGGAGUCGUGCAACUUCAGCGGGCCUUACGAAGAGCUGCGGAAGCAUGCUCGGUGCACUCACCCGUUAGCCCGGCCGUCGGAGAUCGACCGCACUCGACAGGAUCGUUGGAUCCAGCUGGAGCGACAGCGCGACCUAGGGGACGUGUUGAGUACGAUACAGUCAACCAUGCCUGGCGCAACGGUGCUGGGAGAUUAUGUGAUCGAUGGCGACGGCGAAGGCGACGACGAGGGAGGUGACGACAAUGACUUUCCAGGGGAUGAUGGAAACUGGUGGACGGUAUUUUUGCUGUUUCAAGUUUUGGGUCCAGCGUCAUCAAUAGCUGGUAGUAGAGGCUUACCAUCUCUAGUGCGUGGUCGGUACCAUCCAGCUCGAAACAGUGCGGCACGUAGCACUUUGUGGGGAGAGCCGGUGCAAGGGAACAGUGCGAAUAGGUUGGCCGGAAACCCGUCUGGAAACAAUGAGAACCUGGGUGGAGGUUUAGGUUCCCGGAGCCACAGGCGCAGGAGCCGAGAGCGAGGAAGAGGCCAUGGCUUGUAGAUGAAGGCAAUUGGUGGCUGCUGAAUCGGGGCUUUGCGUCGCCGUCGAGAGUCUUUCGUGAAGGGGAGCCAUUAUGGAAGUGCCCGCAACUGGCAUGGGGUGUCAGGCAGAUGAGGAUGCUGAUGACUGCAGGUAGUUGGAUCAGGGACUACGGAUUAUAGGUUGCAGAUAGAUGAGUUCACUGUCGCUGGAGAAUUGUUAUUGUGCAUGCGUCAAAGUACAUGGUGGAAGAUUACACGACGGUCUGGAUGUGACGAGUAUUAUCCAGGUCGAGUGGGUGUACGUGCUCGGUGAUUUUUCGCUGUAAGUAGGACAGACAGAAUUAUGUAAUUAUCUUGCAUAGAAGGUAAUUAGGUCAGUCGUGUAUGAAUGUGGUCCUACCUAUUCAUCACAAUAUAGUGUCAUGAAUAUGACAACCCUGUUUCCAUUUUCCUGUUUCACUGCUGGAACCCAAAAGGUUUUCUAUUGUGGUGAUGAAUUGCUCAGUGUACAGUGGCAAUAGAGUUGCUAAUGACCUGCACAAGGUUUAUUUCAUUUGCUAGGUCUCUUGUCAAUUCAUGCAGGACCUUGGCUUACAAACAAUUGCUGUAUUUGGAACUUAUUCCAGAUGGGAAUGAAGUCGACAAUUUGACAGUC